AAUAGACUUCAGUUACUUCACAGCUACAUUUACCUACAGGAAUGAGCGGCGUUGAAUAAAAAUCAUGACAUGUUAGCUUCCUAUUUAUUUUAAUAGUUUUAGGAUUUUUUUUAAACAGUGCCAAAACUCCAAUAAUGGCCCUGGGGACGGAGUGUUUACUGGGUGAUCCAACGCUGGAAGAGGAAUUCAGGCGGUUAAAAAAACGUGAUUUGACAGAGACGUACCUAUUUCAAAUGGCAUGUGGUUCGUUUAGACCACAAAAAUGCAGUGGUAGUGCCUUUAGGAAGCAUAUGAUGGAUAAGAUAAAAAUCUUUCCCGCAACUCGUCCACAGCCGAAACACCUUGACGCUCGACCUGCUAUACCAACAUCAGACCUCAGAGGCGCUGCUGAGUUCUAUACGCGUUUCCCUGGAGACAAGCCCGCGGAACACCCGGACUGGAUCAGUGACAGGAAAGCGUUCAGAGAGGCGCUUGACGGUAUCGGGGAUCUGCGCAGAUGGCUCCAUAAUAAACCGAUACUCACCGACCUGGAGGUUCUCGCCACGGAACGAGACAGAAAAGAUAAGCGGAUAUCAUCACCCCCUUCAAAAACAAGCAUUUUCCCACCACCACCACCAGAUGUUACAACUUCUCCGCUCGCGCUCAGAGGUGAAGUUGAAGAAGUGAAGAGCUUUCUGAACACUCGCGACGCCUGCAAUCUCUCCAAAUUCUUGGACUGGCAUGGGACUGGUAAAUUAAAUCGUGUAGACCUCUGUGCUCUGUUUAAGAAGGACGGUUUCCGUAUCCAGCCUGAGCGGAUGAACGUGCUGAUGUCCUAUUUAAGUAGCAAGGAUGGAAACUCAGUAACUGUGGAAGACCUGGCUGCUGGAAUCCAAGCCUGGAGCGGAAAGCUUCAGGAAAGGGAAGAACAAAAAUCAAACGCUGGUUAUUGGAACGAAGACCGUGAUAAAGUGAUUGGGACAAGACACCUUCCAACACAUGGAAUCGCACUAGAGGAGAAAAAUGAGAUGGGCAUGGAGGAUAUGGAGGUGCUAGCGAUCAUGAGGAAAGUUUUGGCCGCCACCAAGACCUCUUGCCCUUCUUCUCUGAGUGGCACUAUGGGCAGAGAAGUGGAUCGUUUCAGGAGACGUUGUUUCAGAGAAUACCUAAAAUCUAUGGAGCAAUGUCAACGACAGGGGCUUAAUGUGAGCCAGGCCACUCUACAGAAAGCCCUGUUGCACCCUGGUGACAUGAGCAUGUUUAGCAGCUCUAAAUUGGGAGGGAAAGGUCACUUGUCAGGCUGUGGUGGACGAGAACAAGGCCUGACAUCCCUCAGGACAUCCAAAACACACAGAGUUGAAAGUGGUGCAAAUAAGGGCCACAAAGCGAUGAAGAAGCAGUCAAUUCGCUGGGCGGACCCUAAUGCUUUCUGGCCUGGAAAGGAAGAUCAUGUGCGCUUGUUUCUGCCUGUAAUGACAAGCUCUCCUGCAAUGGUUUUAUUUCAGCGUAUUGAACGUACUGUUGCACCAAGUCCCGGACACUGGCCUGUAAAUCAUUUAGGAUACUCAACCUCUGGAGAUAUAGAAGCUCGCAAGAUGUACAUUCUCUAGAACAUAUCUGACUCUAUCAAAUGUCAAGAUUAAAGUCGGCAUGAAACGGAAGUUAUGACAGGAUAAAUCAUUUAUAAUAAGUACUGCAAUAUUGCAUAAGAAUUGUCAAUUUUGAUUUCAUGGUGACUUUAAAACAGACAUUGUUGUUUUGACUUUUUAAAAUGCUAAUUUCUACCAUUAGAUGGCGGCACGCAUAAGCUCAAAUAUGUAGAUGUGCUGCUCUUUUUAGCUACGCAGGUCUUUGUUUUGUCACUCAACAUAUUCUCAUAUGUUUUUUUUUUUUUUUUUUUUUUUUUUUUUGAUGAACUUUUUUAUUUUAUUUUAUUUUACAAGACAAAUAUAAGACAUUGUAAUACAUAUCAGAGCAUAUAAAACAAAGAGUACCAACAAUAACUAAAAUAUAAAAAGAAAACAUAUACAAAAAAAUAACAAUAAAAAAAAAUAAUAGGAUAAAAAGUGCUACAUAUUAUUAGGGCAGUUACAUGAAUUUGAAAAGCUUUAGAAUUUGUAUUGUUUUUAUAAGCUUUUUGUUCUGUGAUCUCAUGUUUGAAAGAGUUUCAAAAUAUAUUGUGAGAUCGGUGUUAUAAAAGGUAAUAUAUGAGGGUUUCUUUUGAGUUAUUUUUUUCUUAUGAAUAUAAAACUUUGCCAAAAUAAUUAAAAGAUUAAUAACAUAAUUUUGUUUUUGAGAAAAAUAUGGGUUUUGAAAACAAAGUAAAGUGAUGAAAAGUGGGCUCAAGCAGCCAUGUUUGAUUUAAUAAAUACUAAAAUGUAAAA